CUCCAGGCGUUUUGUUUUGUCUUCUCGAGAUUGCUGUAUGUACCUGCAGACCCCGCCAGGCAACGGGAGACACCCAGGCCACACGGCCCCGGGUGGAAGCCGGGCUUUGCCGCUGAGCGGAGAUUGAAAGAGCUCACAGUGAUUGGUUGAUGGGAUUUGAAGUGUUACCCAGUAGCAGCGUGGGAUUUGAGAUGGACCAAUUACGGAGCUGUUCGGACGGAGUGAUGCGUCACGGGCUCCGUUAUCCAAUCAGAGCGCGGAUAACGAAGGCAGUCGAUUUGCAUACGGUUCCUAUAAAUAGGCGAGCAGUGCGUGUAGCCGGCAUUCCGCUGCGCCGAAGGGAUCGUGGAGUGUUCAUCAUGCCUGAGCCGGCCAAGUCUGCCCCCGCCCCCAAGAAGGGCUCCAAGAAGGCGGUCACCAAGACCCAGAAGAAGGGCGACAAGAAGCGCAAGAAGAGCCGCAAGGAGAGCUACUCGAUCUACGUGUACAAGGUGCUGAAGCAGGUGCACCCCGACACGGGCAUCUCGUCCAAGGCCAUGGGCAUCAUGAACUCGUUCGUCAACGACAUCUUCGAGCGCAUCGCCGGCGAGGCGUCGCGCCUGGCGCACUACAACAAGCGCUCGACCAUCACGUCGCGGGAGAUCCAGACGGCCGUGCGGCUGCUGCUGCCCGGUGAGCUGGCCAAGCACGCGGUCUCGGAGGGCACCAAGGCGGUCACCAAGUACACCAGCUCCAAGUAGAGCGGUGCGGAUAUACUCGAUUUUAACCCAAAGGCUCUUUUCAGAGCCACCAUUUAUUCUAGUAAAAGGGCUGUGUUACUGUUUUUUUUAACUGCGGGGUGUAGCGUGGGUUUUUAAGUGAAUGAAAUGAACGCGAGUGCCUGAAGCAUAUAGAACAGAAAAUAAUCGCUUCAGUUCGCAUUUUGGAGGUCUCAGUUCCAAAUCAGCCGAGCAGCAGCAGCAGCAAUUGACCGAGUUAACUGUUGCUCGGUAGCCGUUCUAUUGCAUUAGCGCGGUACACACGGCUCCUGCAACAGUCAUUGUGCUGCUCUCUGCUGUCAGGACACCGUCGGGAAGGUGAGUGCUUUGUUUUCGUCUUGAUUCUUGUGAUAAAUGUUUUGCCAAGAAUAUUUUUAUUUACAAGUCUACUCCAAAUAGGAAAUCCGCAUUGCUGUUUAAAACAACAACUUCGCGUUACAUUCAUUGAAACUGUUCACCCGUAAAGAAUCUUAA